UUUUACUAUAAAAGCUAGUUAAAAACAAAAAAUAACUAAAGCUGUUGCAGUUAUUACCUUAUUCAUUAUCAACUAGUCAAAACAUUUUUUGGGAAAGCCGCUAUUAUGUCAAAACUCGGAAUUCUGUUUGCAUUGUUUGCUUUGACAUUUGCAUUAAGCUACGAAGUAAACGAAGAAAAUAGCAACAAUUAUGAAAACGAUUUUCUAGAUAAUCUUGAGGAUAGCGAAUUUAAUGAUUACCUGGAGACAAAGGAUGAUAAUGAAGACAACGACAAAGAAGAAUUAGAAAACUACGAAGAUAAUGAUCACUCACAAGGCUAUAUUAAAACUAAAUGGUUAAAACGAACUGCACGAGCAUGCGAAGGAAACAAUCUGAUAAUCAAUUGCUACGGUCAAAGAAAAAUUAAAGUAAUUUAUGCAAACUAUGGUAGAACCUCGUCUCGUAUAUGCUCUGGGAAUUUUAAUACGGAUUUGCCAAAGAAAUGUAACAAUCAAAAAAGAUCUCUGAAAGAAGUGCGUAGCAAGUGUUCAGGCAGGUCAUCUUGCGUUGUUCAAGCAUCGAAUGGAGUAUUUGGCGACCCAUGUUUUGGAACAUAUAAAUAUCUUGAAGUGCGUUUUUAUUGUCAAAAGAAACACCAUUUUAUUGGUAUUUAAAUCAAUUAAAAAUUGUUAUUGACAGUGUAGAAAGAAAAUUUAAUUAAUUCAUGAGUUAUUUUACUUAUAUAUACAUGAUUUUAUAAUUUUUUUAAAAACAAAUAUUAUCACUAGUAUUGACGUUGUUUUUUGUGUUUUAAUAAUCUUUUUAUAACUUUCCGAAAAGCAUAUAUUACCUUUAUAUUAUCUAUUUAAAGCAUUCCUUAUAUACACCUAAAUACUUGUUAUAUUUUAUAUUUACCUAAUUAAAUUAAGUGGAAGGCUUAGAAUUAGUUUUUCGUCUGGCAAACUCGUGCAAAUAAAUUUUUCUCGACGUAUUUUAGGGGUAAUUAGUAAAAUUAGUAAGACUUAAUUUUUUUAUAAAAACUUGAUCUUUUACAAUCUAUAUUUUGGGUUUGAAAUAAAAGGAAAUGAAUAAAAA